GCAUUUUGGUUGGGGGAGACACAUGUUGCAAAAUAGAGUAAUGUGCCUGUACUUAUACACAUGUAACAUUAACAAGGCUACUUCUGAAUUGGCCUCCUAUUGUAUGGCAAAGCACAGGGAGACGGGACAAUGGAUCACAAAUAACAGCUUUAUCUUUGAUCACCUCUAUAUUAUUCUCUGAUAAAUGACUAAUAAACUAUAGUCCUACUAUUACCCAAAGUAUUAUUUUAAAUUAAAAUCUGAUCUGAAGCAAUGCAGAAUUAAAACAAAAAGAAAACAGAUAUCUAUGCUUCUGGGUGAGGAUAUAGCUAUGUGUGAAUAUAUGGUAGAAUAUAAUAUAUAGAGCCUUUUGGGAGGAAAUAGAAUAUAUAGAUGUAAUUGCAGAUAUUUUCUCUCUCUUUAACCAGGACUUACCUGUAGAAUAAGAAUCAUGUAAAGAAAUCUGAAUAAAUUGAUUUUAAGGCUAAAGAGGUGGAACAAAGGAGCUGUGUGUUACACAGUAGGGGAAUUACAUAAAAUUGAGGCCCCCCCCAUCCCCAGUCCUGCCCCCAUGGAGGGCGGAUAAAUGAUGGAGCAGGGAAUGUAUCGCACACACAGCUCUUGGGACAGACUUGGGCAUCCUAUCGAGACAUCAGAUGGCAGCACUGGGGCACCUACUGAAGUGCUCUGUCCGGCUGGAGCUGGAGAGCUUGGCCAGGGGUUUCCACCAGUUCCCCGUGAUGCAGGCAGCUGAACAGGCAUUGGAGCGCAAUCAAGCGGAGGUGGUGUUGGGGCCCAGAACCAAGGGGGCCCCAAUGGUGAAGAGCCUUAAGGACAUGCCCGGACCCAGCACCCUGGCCAACCUGGUGGAGUUCUUCUGGCGGGAUGGGUUCGGCCAUAUCCAAGACAUUCAGCAAAAGCACACGCGCCAGUAUGGCCGGAUAUUCAAGUCACACUUUGGGCCUCAGUUUGUGGUGUCCAUCGCUGACAAAGACUUGGUCGCCCAGGUGCUCAGGGCAGAGAGAGAUGCCCCCCAGAGGGCCAACAUGGAGUCCUGGCAUGAGUAUAGAGAAUUAAGGGGCCGAUCGACUGGACUCAUUUCAGCGGAAGGGGAGAAGUGGCUGAACAUGCGAAGUGUCUUGCGACAGAAGAUUCUCCGGCCAAGGGAUGUGGCCAUGUAUUCUGGAGGGGUAAAUGAGGUCAUUGAUGAUCUGGUAAAGAGGAUCCGCAAACUUCGAGCCCAUGAAAGCGAUGGACUGACUGUGACCAAUGUUAAUGAUCUGUACUUCAAGUACUCCAUGGAAGCUAUUGCCACAAUCCUGUAUGAGUGUCGUCUCGGGUGCUUGGAUGACAAAAUCCCUCAGAUGACAAAGGAAUACAUUAAAGCUCUGGAACUCAUGUUCAGCAUGUUCAAAACAACCAUGUAUGCUGGUGCCAUCCCCAAGUGGUUGCGCCCCAUAAUCCCUAAACCGUGGAGGGAGUUUUGCAGGUCCUGGGACGGACUCUUUAAGUUCAGUCAGAUCCACGUAGAAAACCGACUGCGGCAGAUCGAGUCCCAGCUGGAUAAAGGGGAAGAGGUACAAGGGGGCGUUCUUACGCACCUUCUGCUCUCCAAAGAGUUGGACUUGGAAGAGAUUUAUGCCAAUAUGACAGAAAUGCUACUGGCUGGUGUUGAUACGACUUCCUUUACUCUUUCUUGGGCAACGUAUCUGCUGGCUAAGAAUCCCGGUAUUCAGGAGAGUGUAUAUCAGCAGAUUGUGCAGUACUUGAGGAAAGACCAGGUUCCUACUGCAGAAGAUGUUCCCAAAAUCCCAUUGGUCAGAGCUGUCGUCAAGGAAACCUUGAGGCUCUUCCCUGUUUUGCCUGGGAACGGCAGAGUAACCCAGGAUGACUUGGUUUUGGAUGGAUAUUUAAUCCCUAAAGGGACCCAGUUGGCGCUCUGUCACUAUUCUACAUCCUUCGAUGACAAGUGCUUCCCAGCUGCAGAAGAGUUCAAACCAGAGCGCUGGAUACGCAGUGGGAACCUGGAACGAAAGGAGAACUUUGGUUCCAUCCCAUUUGGCUAUGGAAUCCGCAGCUGCAUCGGUCGGAGAAUCGCGGAACUGGAGCUCCAUCUGUUGCUGAUUCAGCUUCUUCAGAAUUUUGAGAUUAAAGUGUCGCCCAAAACAACGAACGUUCUCCCAAAAACCCACGGGCUUCUUUGUCCAGGGGGAAAGAUCAACGUGCGUUUUGUGGACCGGCAUUGAACAUAUCCAGAAAAGAUCCCAAAUACCCCCCUUCUGCACUCCAAGGUCUACGGGGACGAUUCCUGUGGAAUGGAUCUCAGUGGCAUUCAAGGACGAUGCACUGUAUCUCCCCCCACUGAUUGCCAUAUAGUGGCGCACAAUGGACAGCCAGUCUCAUCCAGCCCAGUCAAUUUAAAGGUCAGCAUUCCAGAAUUGCCUUAAUUUGGUGCCCAUGGCCAAGACAAAACCUCCCUAGACCUCAAACUGCCCUCCCCCCACUGUGUGCAUAGAGUAACACUGGGGAUGGUACUAUAAUGCUAGUGUUUAUAUAGUAUGUCUCAGAAACUUACUCUGUGUCCUUUUUAAUCUUUCCUGCUUUUUUCUCCUUUUUUUACUCUUUAUUUAAGCUUCAAGCUUCAAGUUCAGCAUCAAUAUUUUAUAAUUAUUCUUACUGUGGCUUUACUGGUCACUAGUCCAAACAGUGAUAUCCUGGGACAAUUUGCAAUUGGUCUUAAGUUUUUCAUUGUAUGUGGAUUUGAUUUAUUUUGAUUUUUGUUCCAGUUUAGCAUUUAAGAAGCUAUUUGGUUACUAGGGUCCAAUUUACCCUAUCAACCAGGCAGUGGUGUGAAUGAGACACUGGAAAAAGAAUAGGAGAUUGUUUAAAUACAGAGUGCCGGCUCCA